CUAACCUAGGGAGUCUCGGGUCUUGGGGUGGGAGUGGAGGGUCGCCGACUGGCACCCCACGGUCGGGCUUGUGAGAUGGCAGCGCGCUGGAGCAGCGAGAACGUGGUGGUGGAGUUUCGGGACUCCCAGGCGACUGCCAUGUCUGUGGACUGCGUUGGGCAGCAUGCAGUGCUUUCUGGCCGGAGAUUCCUGUACAUCGUCAAUCUAGACGCCCCUUUUGAAGGUCACCGGAAGAUCUCCCGACAGAGCAAGUGGGACAUUGGAGCUGUGCAGUGGAAUCCUCAUGACAGCUUCGCACACUACUUCGCGGCCUCGAGUAAUCAACGGGUUGACCUUUAUAAGUGGAAAGACGGCAGCGGGGAAGUUGGCACAACCUUACAAGGGCACACUCGAGUUAUCAGCGACUUGGACUGGGCAGUGUUCGAGCCAGAUCUCCUGGUCACCAGCUCUGUGGACACCUACAUCUACAUCUGGGAUAUUAAAGACACAAGGAAACCUGCUGUUGCGCUGUCGGCUGUAGCUGGUGCCUCUCAGGUCAAAUGGAAUAAAAAGAACGCUAACUACCUUGCCACCAGCCAUGACGGUGACGUACGGAUAUGGGAUAAGCGAAAACCCAGUACAGCGGUGGAGUAUCUGGCAGCCCACCUCUCCAAGAUCCACGGCCUGGACUGGCACCCAGACAGUGAGCACAUUUUCGCCACCUCCAGUCAAGAUAACUCUGUCAAGUUCUGGGAUUACCGCCAGCCUCGGAAAUACCUCAACAUUCUCCCUUGCCAGGUGCCUGUCUGGAAAGCCAGAUACACACCUUUCAGCAACGGCCUAGUGACUGUGAUGGUCCCUCAGCUGCGGAGGGAAAACAGCCUGCUCCUGUGGAAUGUUUUCGACUUGAACACUCCAGUUCACACCUUUGUGGGGCAUGAUGACGUGGUGCUGGAGUUCCAGUGGAGGCGACAGAAGGAAGGGUCCAAGGACUAUCAACUGGUUACAUGGUCCCGGGAUCAGACCUUGAGAAUGUGGCGAGUGGAUUAUCAAAUGCAGAGGCUCUGUGCCAAUGACAUACUGGACGGCGUAGAUGAGUUCAUUGAGAGCAUCUCUCUCUUGCCGGAACCAGAGAAGACCCUACAUCCUCAAGACACAGAUCACCAGCCCAGCUUAAGCCACGGAGAGGAAGAUGCCAUAAAGGAAGAUCCUCCCAGCAGUUUGCUGGAAGAGAGGAGAUCAGACCAACUAGGCCUGCCUCAGACUCUGCAGCAGGAGUUUUCCUUGAUCAACGUGCAGAUCCGGAAUGUCAACGUGGAGAUGGAUGCUGCCGACCGGAGCUGCACGGUGUCUGUGCAUUGUAGCAACCACCGUGUGAAGAUGCUGGUGACUUUCCCAGCACAGUACCCCAACAACGCUGCUCCUUCUUUCCAGUUCAUUAACCCCACCACCAUCACGUCUGCCGUGAAGGCCAAGCUGCUGAAGAUCCUAAAGGACACGUCCCUGCAGAAAGUGAAGCGCAACCAGAGCUGUUUGGAGCCUUGCCUGCGCCAGCUUGUCUCGUGCCUUGAGUCUUUUGUGAACCAAGAGGACAGUGCUUCUAGCAACCCAUUUGCACUCCCAAACUCUGUCACACCACCCUUACCGACAUUUGCCCGGGUGACCACUGCCUACGGCUCUUACCAGGAUGCCAACAUUCCCUUUCCUAGGACCUCUGGGGCCAGGUUCUGCGGGGCAGGUUACCUGGUGUACUUCACAAGGCCCAUGACAAUGCACCGAGCCGUGUCUCCCACAGAGCCUACUCCUCGGUCUCUCUCAGCCCUGUCUGCUUAUCACACUGGCUUGAUUGCACCGAUGAAGAUCCGCACUGAGGCCCCUGGGAACCUGCGUUUGUACAGUGGGAGCCCAACUCGCAGUGAGAAAGAGCAGGUCUCCAUCAGCUCCUUCUACUACAAGGAACGGAUGUCUCCUCGCUCUGCCCGGCGACGUUGGUCCAUACAAGCAAUUAACGACUUCCCGAAAUCAAGGCGGUGGAAAAGUAAGCGGGAGGGCUCCGACUCUGGCAACCGACCCAUUAAGGCCGCUGGGAAGGUCAUCAUCCAGGAUGUCUCGUGCCUCCUUCCUGUUCACAAGUCCCUGGGAGAGCUGUACAUAUUGAAUGUGAACGAUACUCAGGAGACCUGUCAGAAGAAUGCUACUUCUGCCAUGCUUGUUGGAAGGAAGGAUCUCGUCCAGGUUUGGUCACUGGCUACAGUAGCCACAGACCUUUGCCUUGGUCCGAAGUCUGACCCAGAUUUGGAAACACCUUGGGCUCGACAUCCAUUUGGGCGACAGCUGCUGGAGUCCCUACUGGCUCACUAUUGCCGACUCCGAGAUGUUCAGACCUUGGCUAUGCUCUGCAGCGUGUUUGAAGCCCAGUCCCGGCCUCAGGGGUUACCAAACCCUUUUGGGCCUUUCCCUAAUCGGUCUUCUAAUUUUGUGGUGUCCCACAGUCGAUACCCCAGCUUUACCUCCUCGGGGUCCUGCUCCAGCAUGUCGGAUCCAGGGUUCAACACCGGUGGCUGGAGCAUAGCAGGAAGAGAAACAGAACACAUAUCUUCACCUUGGGGGGAGUCUUCACCAGAGGAGCUCCGCUUUGGGAGUCUGACCUACAGUGACCCCCGUGAGCGGGAGCGAGACCAGCAUGAUAAAAACAAAAGGCUCCUGGACCCUGCCAAUACCCAGCAGUUUGAUGACUUUAAGAAGUGCUACGGAGAGAUCCUCUACCGAUGGGGUCUGCGAGAGAAGAGAGCAGAAGUGCUGAAGUUUGUGUCCUGCCCUCCUGACCCUCACAAAGGGAUCGAGUUCGGUGUGUACUGCAGUCACUGCCGGAGUGAGGUCCGUGGCACCCAGUGUGCCAUCUGCAAAGGCUUCACGUUCCAGUGUGCCAUCUGCCACGUGGCUGUGCGUGGUUCAUCCAACUUCUGCCUGACCUGUGGACACGGCGGCCACACAAGCCACAUGAUGGAAUGGUUCCGGACCCAGGAGGUGUGUCCCACUGGGUGUGGCUGCCACUGCCUGCUGGAGAGCACCUUCUGAACUUAAAUGGACGAUGACACUUCCAGAAAUCCCGGAGGACUCCAUAAAUGCCGGAGAAGGCUCUCUGCUGCUGUGGUGGAAAGUUCUAGAACCAGGGUCAUCCUCUGAUCUAGGAUGGAGAAUAGUCCUGUCACAGCUUCUGCUCCCGAGCCUUUGUGUUCCCUUCUCUGGCUGUCUGGGCAUGGAUGGUGCCAGAAGGAAGGGUGGCACACACAGCUGACCUCCUGCACUGUCUGUUGAGUCCACAGUGGAGGUUUUCAUGAGGAAAAGCACCUGUUUCCAGAGCCACCAGAGCCAGCAUCAGCCUUCAAGAUGCUGUCCUUGAAGCAGGACUGGGCUCUCCGGAUGCCAGUACAAAGACACACACCAGCUGCAACACGGCCUCCAGAGCCAAAAGACACUGGCUCUUAGUGUCACAGCAAGAGCUGUGGGAUCUGUGACUCUAGGAGUUGACACCUUGAUGAUAGCCUUAUAAAGUACAGUACUAAAGUGUAAUAUAUGACGGACAUACAUACUUACGUCCAGCGUUCUUUUCCUUGGUACAGGGCUUGAACUCGGUGCCUUGCACAUACUGGUUAGCAGCCAUACCACUGAGUUACAUUUCAGCCCCUAAGAAUUCUCAAGAUAGAUGUUUUCUGUUUCUCUCCAUCUGCUUUACUUUGACCAAUAAAACUUUAUACUUGUUUGA